UUUCUUUUUGAUCACGUAAUCAGUUGUGGGUUCAUUGUAUAAAGUGAGCGACAGCCGAGUGUACGGAAGUUUUAUUUUCGGCCGAAGUAAACGAAGAUCAAUCGGAGAAUAAAGAUAGUGCACUGUCGACAUCUUUCAAAAGUUCCAACAAUGCAGAGACUACCCUACACUUUUCGGGGGAUAAUCGUUCCCGUAUUGACUCCGUGCCUGAAUGACAGCGCUAGAACUUUGAAUCUAUCUGUCAUACCGCGAUACGCGGAAUACCUCGCAGAUCGUAAAAUCCGUGGCAUACUUGUGAACGGAUCGACUGGUGAAGGACCGAAGUUGAGCGUUAAGGAAAGAAAAUCCGUACUAGAAACAUGGGCGAAUGCUGUAAAGUCUACGAAGCAACACUUGAUGGUUCAAAUCGGAGGAGCCCCGUUUCCAGACGUUAUCGAACUGGCCAAUCAUGCUGAGGCUGUCGGUGUUGAUUCGUUGCUCUGCCUUCCGGAACUGUACUUUAAGCCGACAACGCCAAAACAAUUAGUAGAAUACCUGCAAAUGGUGGGAGAAGCUGCUCCUAACACCCCGCUCCUCUACUACCAUAUGCCAAUGUUGUCGAACGUCAACAUCAACAUGCCCGCAUUUUUGAGAGCCGUUGGUGACAAAAUUCCGUCGUUUGUCGGUAUCAAGUUCACCAGCACGAACCUUGACGAAGGAAUGCAAGCAGUUUCCGUGAAUGAUAAUGAAUUUGUAGUUUUCCUCGGCAGCAAUCAGCUAAUUGCAGGUGGUCUCGCACUGGGGAUGGAUUCCACGAUACCAUCGACGUUGAAUCUAUUUCCAGAACUGGGCCUGGGUAUACUGGAAGCCAGUAAGACUGGAGAUUUUCGGAAAGCUCGAGAAUUGCAAAAACAACUUAGUGCGAGGUCGAACACGAUCCUCAAAUACGGGCCUGCGGUGGAUACGGUAAAAGCAGCGAUAAACUUUCUCACCCCGUUGGAUCUGGGACCUCCUCGUCUUCCCUCGAGUCCGCUUCCCGAUGAGACCGUGGCCGCUAUGAAAAAGGAUUUGAAAGCACUGGGCUGCCAGCUUUUAAAAUAAGUGAAGCCGAAUAACAGACUAUUUCAACGUACAAAGAUGGGAGCAGAGUAGUUUGUAACGAAGAAAAUUGAGCCCGUAAAUCGAAUCGAGCCGACAAUGAGACGAAAUUUGAUUGACGGCAAAAAAAUAUUUGGUAUAUAUUUUUCUUUUUCUCUUUUUUGUCUUCAUACAAUUAUUCCUAGUAUCCAGUAUUUAUAAACGAUAAAUAAAUGACAUACAAAGAG